AUGGAGACUUUCGAUAUCGACCAUCCAAAUAAAAAACCUGCAUGGAAAAAUACCUAUCACGUGGCCAAGAAAAUAUUUUGGCCUGUGGUGUUCGUGCUUACUAUUGUUUUUAUUGUUCUAUUGGUAUUGACAAUCUAUUUUGGUGUUAAUCAAAAGAGCAAAAAUGGUAUCAAUAAUAAAGCAUCUACAACAUUAAUCACUACCACUAGUCAACUUCAAACAAUAACAUCACAUGAAGUAACAACCACCAUUACUCCUCUUCCACCUGUUGAACGAAUACCAAACAAUUUACAACAGCUAUUUUAUCAAUUGACCAUUGCGCCCGAUCUUGUCAAUGAAAGAUUUACAGGAGAUCUUCUCUAUACGUUCAUUUGCGUCGAAGCCACCAAUCAAAUGAUUCUUCAUAUGAAAGACUUGUUCAUUGAAAACUCAACUGUACGCAUUGUCAACUCGUCAUCCAGCUCGAUGCCAACGUUUCUUUCGUGGUCCUAUGAUGAUUAUAACGAGUUUAUGAUACUUAACUUUUCGUCUAUCUUUAUAGCGGGAACCACUUAUACAAUUCGUAUUGUCUACGAGGGUGACAUUACUCAUGAUUUGCACGGCCUCUACAUAAGUGACUAUGUCGAUGUCAACGAGAAGAAUCGCAUCUUUAUGACCUCUCAGAUGGAACCGAUCUAUGCUCGAAGUGUCAUUCCGUGCAUUGAUGAGCCUUCUCGAAAGGCCAUUUUUAAGAUCAGUGUCCUACACGAUUCUUCAUAUGCUGUAUGGUCCAAUGGAGAAAUUGAACGAAUCGAAACAUUCGGUGAUGGACGAACACUUUCACACUUUACACCGACACUGAAAAUGUCCACAUUCCUUCUGGCACUCAUUAUGGCACCAAUAUCCGAUUUUGCCUGUCGGCCAGAUCGCCUUAUAGGUUCAAAAAACACUAAAUCGCGAGUAUGUGGACGAGUUGACAUUCUUCCACAAUUAGUCUAUGCUGAUGAAGUAGCUUACAAAGCGUUGGAGUUUUUUAAUACAUACUUUGACAUUGAUUAUCCAUUACCAAAAAUUGAGCAUUUUGCUGUUCCCGAUUUUGGUGCUGGUGCCAUGGAAAACUACGGUUUGUUGAUCUAUCGAGAAUUGAGCUUAUUUUUCGAUGAAAAAACAGUAUCAGCUUCAAGAAAACAAUACAUCACAACUGUGGUGUCCCAUGAAAUAGCCCAUCAAUGGUUUGGUAAUUUAGUCUCACCUGCAUGGUGGGGUGAAUUAUGGUUGAAAGAAGGCUUCGCCAAUUACAUGGAAACACUUGCGUCCGACUUUGUCGAACCUUCGUGGUUGCAAGAGGAACAAUUUGUUGUCGAAAAGAUCUUCAGAUUUAUGGUAGCCGAUUCGUUGCCAACAUCGCGACCGAUCAGUAUUCAAUCAACAAAUCCGGCAGAUAUUUUCCAAUUGUUCGAUUUGAUCACCUAUGACAAGGGCGCAACACUCAUUCGGAUGAUGUCCAUGUUUUUAGGCGCUGAUACAUUUCAACGUGGUGUUCGAACGUAUUUGAAAGCACUGAGUUUUAGUUCGGCAACGCAGAAUGAUCUAUGGGCAUAUUUAAGUGAAGCUGCAAAUAAUACGAUCGAUGUUGAACGGAUUAUGGACGGGUGGACACGACAGGCGGGCUAUCCGAUUGUCGAAGUCAAUCGAGUUUACAAUGCGUCUAAUAGACAGAGUGUCGGUGGUCGUAUGACGAUUAGUCAACGGCCCUUCAGCUUUUUUUCAACGACGACAAAAAGCGACAAAUGGUGGAUUCCAUUCAAAUACUUUGAUCAAACAUCAACUCAACUACCGAAUGGCAAUGAAAUUGUGUGGCUCAAUGAUACAUCUGCAACGAUUUUAAUCGCGACAUCAGACUCAGACUGGGUCUUGACCAAUCCGGGUUAUCUUAGCAUCUAUCGCACAAAAUAUGAUCCCCAAAAUUUCCGCCUAAUUGUUGCUCAACUUCAAACAGAUCACACGCGCAUUCCAGUCAUUACUCGAGGCGCUCUGAUCGAUGACACAUUUGCUCUGUCGCGCACAGGUCUUAUAAAUGCAACUGAUGCAUAUCAACUGAUUCAAUAUAUGAAGAGCGAAACUGAAUAUGUUCCGUGGACAGCUGCUCUUUCAGCGAUGAGUCAACAAACAGAACUACUUGCCAAUCAUGAUAUUCUUCUUGAUGUAGAGCGCUACUUUCUCGAACUUGUUCUUCCGAUCUACAACACGAUCGGAUGGAUUCCCAUCGACCAAUCGACAGAAUGGCUUCGAACCCUACUUCAACCAAGCAUUGUAUCGGCUGCCUGUCGUUACGGCCAUCAAGGAUGUAUAGAAGCAGCACGCAGUGUUUAUCGUCGUUGGAAUCUGAAUCCUACUCUCAAUCAAAUUCCAGCUGAUGUUCGUUCGAUCGUCUAUUGUACAGUUGUUCGCGAAGGUUCACAAUCCGAAUUUAACUUUCUAUGGGCUCGUCUUCAGAGAGAAUUGAUCGCCAGUGAAACAUUCAAUCUACUUAAAGGCCUCUCGUGCACACAGGAUCCAUCGUUGAUUCUUUGGUUUCUCGAGCAACAUCUCAAGAACGGAUCAGCUAUUCGUGAUCAAGAUUUGUCGAUGUCAAUUGAAAAUGUUGCUCGCUCGCCGCGAGGUAAUCAAAUUGCCUGGAAUUGGAUUCGGGACAAUUGGUCACAACUCUUUGACAAAUGGGGAAAAUCAGAGAGCACUUUAGGUGACAUCAUCGAAGCAGUAUCGAGUCGAUUUGUUAGCGUUCGGCAGCGAGAUGAAUUUAAAACGUUUGCUGAUUCGAUUAUUGAUAAAGGGAAUGCAUACCGUCAAUUUCAAUUGUCCAUUGACAGUAUCAAUGCAGCCAUAGAAUGGAACAAAGCGAAUCUCGCUUCAAUCAUUACAUUCUUUCGUUCAAACAAUGAAUCAUCCAUUGUUAGUUACCGUCUGCCUACUGAUGUCGUUCCAAUCCACUACGAUCUUUAUGUCAAGCCCUAUAUGAAUAUCACAAAUGAAAAUCUUCGCUUUUCCAUGUUUGACGGUCGAGUUCGUAUUCAUCUCAAUGUGACUCGCACUACUGAUAGCAUCGUUCUACACAAACGCUUCAUUAUCAUACGAGAGCCUAUCGAGAUUACCGGUGGUGCGUCAGUAAUAAAAACAACAUUCAAUCAAGAUCAAGACUAUUUCACUAUCAUACUCGAUCAAUCACUCCAAGUGAACGAACAACCAAUACUAACACUGAAUUAUGUGGGAGAACUCAGAAACGAUACGGACGGCUUCUAUGUCAGCUCCUAUGUGCGAUCGUCGGAUAAUGUACGACGAUAUUUAGUUGCCUCACAAAUGGCACCAAUUUCAGCACGACGAGCUUUGCCAUGUUUUGACGAACCCGCUCUCAAAGCAACUUUUGCGGUGACAGUCGAACAUGAACAGCAGUAUCGAGCCUGGAGCAACAUGCCUGUUCAGAAUCGUACGAAUCAAUCCAAUGGUUGGGUAUUGACACAAUUUCAAACAUCAGUGUCGAUGAGCUCGUAUUUGUUGGCAUUAGUCAUCGCUGAUUUUGAAUGUUUGACGCGGAAUGAUACAGGUCGUUUCGGAAAUAUUACGACGAGUGUAUGUGCUCAAGCAGAGAAAAAAGACGAUUUGAUCUAUGCACUUGAAGUAGCAGCGCAGAAUAUUCGUGAAUUUGAAGAGCAAUAUGACGUUAACUAUCCACUACCAAAAUGUGAUCACAUUGCUGUGCCUGAUUUUGAUGCCGGCGCCAUGGAAAACUUUGGGUGCAUCAUGUAUCGUGAAACACUCCUGCUCUAUAACAAUCGUACAUCGUCAUCGUUCAACAAGCAAAGCGUUGCAUUAGUCAUUGUUCAUGAGCUCGCUCACCAAUGGUUUGGCAAUCUUGUUUCACCUUUGUGGUGGGACGAUCUAUGGCUUAAUGAAGGCUUUGCGAAAUGGAUGGAAUUUGUCGGUACGAAUAAAAUUCAUCCAGAAUGGAAUUUAUUGCAACAGUUCAUUGCCCAACGAUGGCUUACCGUCAUGCAGGAUGACGCUGUGUCCUUUUCACAUCCGGUUAACAUGCAAAUCACACGCAACGAACAACUGGCAAGUAUUUUCGAUGCGAUUACCUAUUCGAAAGGUUCUUCGUUACUUCGAAUGAUGCGCAAUUUUAUGCCCAAUGAUACUUUCAACAAAGGCAUCACAAGGUACCUCUCACGUCAUUUAUAUUCGACCGCAAUGCAAAACGAUCUCUGGCGAGCAUUGGGCGAACAAAUGUUUGCCGAUAAUUUAGAAUUACCGAGUAACACAAGUCUUGACAUGAUCAUGAGUACGUGGACGAAUCAAAUGGGUUAUCCGUACGUUCAAGUUACACGGGACUAUGCGACUGGAGGUGUUACAGUAGCUCAACACCAGUUCUUAUUCGAUUCUGAGGCACAACCACCUAAAUCGCCACACCAGUAUCUGUGGUAUAUUCCACUUCAAUUCAAAUCAUCGUCAACUUUGUCGGCAAGCACCAUAUGGUUCAAUCGACCACAUAUGAAUGUAACAACAGGUACAAGUGUGCAAUCGAACGAAUGGCUUUUGGCUAAUCCAGAUUUAUUGGGAUUUUUUCGUACUAAUUAUGACGCACACAAUUGGAAGAUGAUUAUUGAACAACUCAAAAACGAUCACGAGAAGUUGACCGUUAUCGAACGGGCGGGUCUUAUCGAUGAUGUAUUUAAUUUGGCUCGAGCUAAUAUCGUUCAAACAUCACUUGUGUUCGACCUACUCAAUUAUGCUAAUGCAGAACGCGCAUACAUAGUUUGGGAGCGCAUUCUUGCGGGUCUUUCCUACGUAGAACAAAUGAUUGCAUCAAGCAGUUCGGAUCUCAUGCUGUACGAACAAUUUCAAUCGUAUAUGAUCGACCUCAUACUUCCCAUCUACUUUCAUCUCGGUUGGCAAGAAAAAUCAUCGACCGUCUCCGACGAAUGGCUCGUUGCACUUCAUCGAGAUUUGAUCGUAUCGGCAGCAUGUCGCUACAAUUUAGACGAUUGUGUUCAUCGGGCUCAAAUUCUCUUUGAACAAUGGUUCAAUCAUCCGUCUAAUAACCCAAUUGAACCCAAUGAUCGUCCUGUUGUCUAUUGUACGAAUGUGCGCAUAGGCGGUCGAGCCGAAUUUCAGUUUCUUCUUCAUCAAUAUCAAAUAUCGAAUGAUCCACAAGAAAAGGCACGAAUACAAUCUGCAUUAGCAUGCACACGUGAUACCGAAUCAAUUCGAUAUUUGCUUGAAAUUCACGUAAAUCUUCAAUUGAACAUUAUCCGACGACAGGAUGCACUCUCCGGGAUACGAACAAUUUGUCAAAAAUUAUUUGUCGAAAUCGAAUGUUGGGCGUUUGUACGUUCUCGAUGGAUACAAUUGUUUCAAGAUUUCGGGAAAUCAAUGAGUUUUAUUAAUGUCAUCAAAGAUGUCACUGCACGAUUCAAUACCGAACAUCAGUUGGACGAAUUCGAACGAUUCGUCGAGCAGACGACACAUAACAGUGCUGUCGAAUUUCAAGCGAUAAUCGAACGCAUUCGUGCCAAUAUUCAAUGGAUCGAAAAGGCUAAGCCCAAUUUGGAAGAAUGGUUCAUGAAUCGAACGAUCGAAAUUCGUCUUCCAUUGGAUUGGAUUCCAUCUAACUAUGCACUCGAUUUUGACGUACGUCUUAGUGCAAUUUAUCCGAACAAUGUUGAACCGGAUACACGUUUUAUGGGCCGUACUCACAUUAUUGUCCGUUGUAAUCGAUCGACAAAUGUGUUUCGAAUUCAUAUGAAACAAUUAAAAAUGUCUUCUAUAACAUUGAGACGUCUCGAUGCAUCCAACAAUCUAAUCACCGGUUGGGCGUGGAUGCCGGUAUCGGAGACGCUCAUCUGCCAACUACGAGAACGAUGUGUGACGAACAAAGAAUAUGUAUUCGAAUCAGAACACACGGCCGAACUGAAUAGAGACAUGGUCGGAUUCUAUUUAAGUCGAUAUAAUGUAACAAAUACAACCACGGGCGAGAUUAUUACGCACAAUAUUGCAGGCACCCAUAUGCAGCCAACGCUUGCUCGAAACGUAUUUCCGUGUUUCGAUGAACCAGCAUUCAAAGCCAAGUUUAACAUAUCAAUCACUCACGAUCCCAGUUUCACUGUCGUUAGAUCGAAUGGUGGCAUGCUCAACGGAAGUCAACCCAUACAACAACCCAAUGGUCGUCUGCUAUCGAGUUUCGAAGAAACUCCACCAAUGUCAACGUACCUCAUUGCAUUUGUUGUUACUGACUUUGAAUGUGUUUCGAGUGUGACGUCGACGAAUAUCGAAGUAAACGUAUGUGGGCGACCUGAAGCAAUACGUAAGGGUGAAGGCAAUUUUGCUCUUCAAGUGAGCACAGAAAUCAUACCUUACUAUGAACAAUCCUACAAUAUAUCAUACCCACUCACAAAAUGUGAUCACUUUGCCUUGCCCGACUUUGCUAUCGGUGGCAUGGAAAAUUGGGGUUUAAUCACAUAUCGCGAGACGGCUCUUCUCUACAAUAACGUUACUGGUAAUUUGGCCGAUAAACGACGAGUAGGCGAAGUUGUGGCGCACGAGUUGGCCCAUCAAUGGUUCGGUGACAUUGUCACUCCUCAAUGGUGGAAUGACAUUUGGUUGAACGAAGGUUUUGCUUCAUGGGUCGAAGUGCUCGGCCUUAAUCAUUCAAAUCCUGAAUUUCAUUCUUUCGAUGUAUUUGUCAGUGUCGUCGUGCAUCGAGCUCUGGAAAUGGAUAGUCUCUACUCAAGUCAUCCAAUCAGUGUCGAAGUCACUCAUCCAGACGAGAUCAAUUCAAUAUUCGAUGCAAUUUCGUAUGAUAAAGGUGCGUCGGUGCUUCGCAUGAUCUACACUGUUCUCAAUGAAUCAGCCUUCUUUCGUGGUAUCAGCAACUAUUUGAACCAUUUUCAAUAUAGUAAUGCUGUGCAAGAUCAACUGUGGACUUUUCUAACCGAUGCUGCUAGCUCAUCAGUACUCGAGGGUCACACCGUCAAAACUAUCAUGGAUACAUGGACUCUUCAAGAAGGAUACCCUCUACUCACUGUCACUCGUAGCAACAUCGACAAUUCUAUUUCACUCUCGCAAAAACGGUAUUUACUCGAUCCUCGAACAUCGAAUCAAACAUCAAUAUACGUGAACCCGUUCACAUUCUUUCCGUUUCAAUGGUAUAUUCCCUUUAAUUAUAUGACUUCGAUGGGAUCGUCGUCAUUCAAUUGGCUCGCUCCGAAUCAGACUCGGGUUCUUUCCAAUGUGUCACUGGCUACUGACUGGAUUGUGUUCAAUGUCGACGAAUUUGGAUUCUAUCGUGUCAAUUAUGAUGAAUUCAAUUGGCAAUUGCUCAUUAAUGGAUUGAAAACUGAUCGCACUUCCUUCUCAAGUGUCACACGGGCACAGCUCAUCGAUGAUUCAUUCAAUUUAGCUCGAUCUGGCGAUUUGAAUGUUACUGUUGCAUUACAACUUUCGACCUAUUUGGCCAAUGAAACUGAAUACGUGCCCUAUUCCGCGUUUUCAAACAAUAUUCAAUAUCCAUUGGCAAUGUUUAGUCAACAAGAUGGAAACAACAUGUACCAAAAUAUGCAAAAGUUUAUACAAAUACUUGAAGAAGCCAGAUAUGAUUCAUUCGGCUGGUCGGUAGGUAUGGAUCCGCAACCAUUGGACUAUCUCACGACUCAACUGCGUGCCCUCAUCAUCAGAGAUCUUUGUGCCAAUGAAUACGCUAUGUGUAUCAACGAUGCUGCUGAAAAAUAUCGGCAAUGGCGCACAGAUCCAGAUGCGUACCCGAUUGCUCCCGAUUCCAGAACCGUUGCCUAUUGUCAAGGAAUUAGAAGUGGAACAACUGACGAUUAUGAACACAUGCGAGAACUAUAUAAACGAACCAACGAUCAAGUCGAAAAGAAUCGUUUUGGCUAUUCCCUGACAUGUACAAAAAAUGCCAUUCUUCUUGAGCAAUUACUCAAUACAACGUUGGCCAAUGAAUACAUUCGCCUCCAAGAUGCAUCCAGAUUUAUCAACAACAUCCGCCUGCAACCCGGUGGACAAAAGCUCACGUGGCGAUUCAUUAGCCAACAAUGGUCAGAACUUGUUGCCAAAUUUGGCAGCGUAAGUUUCACUCUAUCAGACAUUGUCGAAAAUGUCCUUGAAUAUGUGAAUACGCAACAAGAGUUGGAUACUAUCCUACAAUUCAUGGCCAACACAGUCGACCUGUCGAUUGCCGAACGAGCUUUUCUUUCAUCCAUCGAAAAGAUUCGAGCUAACAUUCGGUGGAUGGACACCGUUGGACAAGAUAUUGGAGUGUGGCUCGAUGGUCACCUAGAGACUGUUUUGAAGAAUAAGCCUUAUUCCGAAUUCGCUUAUGAGCCUCCCGUCAAUAAAAAAUGA